GACUAAGUAACCAGAUAAUUUCUCAGCUUCUCAUUUUAACCAAGCAAAUAAAUAAAGCAACCUGAAAAUCUCUUGUUUUUCUUUACGGGAAAAUUCGUUUUUCUUUGUAGUGGUCGUACUAAACACGCUUCCUUUUGUAUGUAAAAGCUGUGGAAUCUUAAACCAGCUUUUUUUUUUUGUGGGUUGAAUUCAACUCUCUUUUUUUUUUCUUCUUUUUCUUUCGAAUCCGACCAUCUCUGCAACAUCGUACUUGGGGGAGACAAGUCUGUCAAAGACCAUUUCCGUUGUCUUCCUCACUAGAAGAAACUCUCUUUGUCUCUGUCUCUCUGUACUUGACCUCUCUCUUUUUCCGUAUCUUUCAGCCUUUGAUUCCGCUUUUUGUUUCUUCCCAAUCGCACAUGUAUCUUUGUUUCGGAGGAAUCGGUAGUUAUGGAGUAUAGGGUUUUCUCGCCAUGUCCAAUAAUGAUUCCCAAGUAGACGAAAAGAAGAUCCUUUGAGCUUGAAAUUCCAGUCUUUACGCUGAUGAUUCCGGUAGGAAUUUGAUCGAACACUUGGUGUGCCGAUAAUAUGAAGCAACAACGGUGGUUCGUGAUCCUCUGCUUGCUCGUCUUGUUUCUAAUGGUGGACGCUCGUGGCAGACGGCUACUCAGCGAAGACCAGAGCGAUUCUGCUCUGUUAACGGCGUUCAAGCAAAUCUCCCUUAAGUCGGAUCCUAACAACAUUCUGGGUAACUGGAAAUACGGGUCGGGUCGUCGUGACCCAUGUUCUUGGCGAGGCGUCUCUUGCUCUAACGAUGGUCGAGUCAUUGCUCUGGAUCUACGAAACGGUGGCCUUAUCGGCACUUUAAACCUCAGUAAUCUCACGGCGUUGUCGCAUCUCCGGUAUCUCCAUCUGCAAGGAAACUCCUUCUCGUCGGGAGACUCCUCUGUAUCUUCUUCCGAUUGUUCACUUGAGGUUUUAGACUUAUCUUCAAACUCGAUUUCGGAUUCUUCGAUGGUGGAUUACGUUUUCUCUAGCUGUUUGAGCCUGGUCUCUGUCAAUUUCUCAAGCAACAAGCUUGCCGGGAAAUUGAAUUCUUCUCCGUCGACGAGUAACAAGAGAAUCACCACCGUCGAUCUCUCGUAUAAUCUCUUUUCAGAUGAGAUUCCGGAGACUUUCAUCUCGGGUUUUCCGGCGUCUCUUAAAUACCUUGAUCUAUCUCACAAUAAUUUCUCCGGCGACUUCUCCCGUCUCAGUUUCGGGCUCUGCGGUAACCUCACCGUAUUUAGUCUAUCAAAGAACAACGUCUCCGGCGAUAGAUUCCCAAUUAGUCUGACAAACUGUAAGCUCCUCGAGACGCUAAACCUCUCUCGGAACAGUCUCGCCGGGAAAAUCUCCGGCGAAGGAUAUUGGGGAAAUUUCCAGAACCUGAAACAGCUCUCUCUCGCACACAAUCUUUUCUCCGGAGAGAUUCCGCCGGAGCUUUCUCUGCUCUGCCGAACACUAGAGGUCCUCGAUCUCUCCGGCAACAGUCUCACCGGUGAGCUACCCCAAUCAUUCACCUCCUGUGGCUCAUUACAAAACCUAAACUUGGGAAACAACAAGCUCUCCGGCGAUUUCUUAAGCACCGUCGUGAGUAAACUCCCUAGAAUCACUUAUCUUUACUUGCCAUACAACAACAUUUCAGGCUCUGUUCCGAUCUCGCUCACAAACUGUACUAAUCUACGAGUUCUUGAUCUGAGCUCAAACGAGUUCACCGGAAAAGUACCAUCCGGUUUCUGCUCUCUACAAAGCUCGCCGGUUCUGGAGAAGUUGCUUCUCGCCAACAAUUACCUCUCCGGGACUGUUCCUGUUGAGCUUGGUAAAUGCAAGAGCUUGAAGACUAUAGAUCUCAGCUUCAAUGCUCUCAUUGGUCCGAUUCCAAAAGAGAUAUGGACAUUGCCUAAUCUCUCCGACUUAGUUAUGUGGGCGAACAAUCUCACCGGUGGAAUCCCGGACGGCGUUUGUGUUGACGGAGGAAACUUGGAAACGCUGAUCCUAAACAACAACCUCUUAACCGGUUCUAUCCCAGAAUCAAUCUCGAAAUGCACCAACAUGCUUUGGAUCUCCCUUUCUAGUAACCUGCUUACCGGGAAAAUCCCUGUAGGAAUUGGAAACCUCGAAAAGCUAGCGAUUCUGCAACUCGGGAACAAUUCUUUAACCGGGAAUGUCCCGCCUGAGCUCGGGAACUGCAAGAGCCUUAUCUGGCUUGAUCUCAAUAGUAACAAUCUAACUGGGAAUCUCCCAGCUGAGCUUGCUAGCCAGACCGGUCUUGUAAUGCCUGGAAGCGUGUCUGGUAAACAGUUUGCGUUCGUGAGGAAUGAAGGUGGAACUGAUUGCAGAGGUGCAGGCGGUUUAGUUGAGUUCGAAGGGAUUCGUGCAGAGCGUUUAGAGCAUUUUCCGAGGUUUCAUUCGUGUCCGGCCACUCGGAUAUACUCUGGCAUGACGAUGUACACAUUCUCUGGUAAUGGGAGCAUCAUCUACUUGGACCUCUCAUACAACGCAGUUUCAGGUUCUAUUCCUCCUAGCUACGGUGAAAUGAACUACCUUCAGGUCUUGAAUCUGGGACAUAACCUGUUAACCGGAACCAUACCGGAUAGCUUUGGAGGAUUAAAAGCAAUCGGAGUUCUUGAUCUAUCUCACAACGAUCUCCAAGGAUUCUUGCCUGGCUCACUUGGAGGCCUCUCUUUCCUCAGCGACUUAGACGUCUCUAACAACAAUCUUACCGGAACAAUACCAUUUGGUGGCCAACUUACGACGUUUCCUGUCACAAGAUACGCAAACAACUCUGGCCUCUGCGGGGUUCCUCUCCCGCCUUGCAGCUCUGGUUCUCGGCCCACGGGCUCACAUGCUCACCCUAAGAAGCAGAGCAUUGGCACUGGGAUGAUCACUGGGAUUGUAUUUUCGUUCAUGUGUAUUGUUAUGCUUACUAUGGCGCUUUACCGACUAAGGAAGGUUCAGAAGAAGGAAAAGCAGAGAGAGAAGUACAUUGAGAGCCUUCCGACCUCUGGCAGCAGCAGCUGGAAGCUCUCUAGCGUUCCUGAACCGUUAAGCAUCAACGUUGCGACGUUUGAGAAGCCGCUGCGAAAACUCACUUUUGCACACCUUUUAGAAGCCACGAAUGGGUUUAGUGCUGAUAGUAUGAUCGGAUCAGGCGGGUUUGGAGAUGUUUACAAGGCUCAACUCGCGGACGGGUCUGUUGUAGCAAUCAAGAAGCUGAUUCAAGUGACGGGACAAGGCGACAGAGAGUUCAUGGCUGAGAUGGAGACGGUUGGAAAGAUCAAACAUAGAAACCUCGUUCCUCUUUUGGGCUAUUGCAAGGUCGGUGAAGAGAGACUUCUUGUCUACGAGUACAUGAAACAUGGAAGCUUAGAGACAGUUCUACACGAGAAGACCAAGAAAGGCGGAAUCUUUCUCGAUUGGACUGCGAGGAAGAAGAUUGCAACAGGAGCUGCGCGUGGGCUAGCAUUCCUGCACCAUAGCUGCAUUCCUCACAUUAUCCACAGAGACAUGAAGUCAAGCAACGUUCUUCUAGACCAAGAUUUCGUAGCUCGUGUCUCGGAUUUCGGUAUGGCAAGGCUGGUGAGCGCUCUGGACACGCAUUUGAGCGUGAGCACGCUCGCGGGUACUCCCGGUUAUGUUCCACCAGAGUAUUACCAGAGUUUCCGGUGCACCACCAAAGGAGAUGUGUAUAGCUACGGCGUUAUACUUCUCGAGCUUCUCUCAGGCAAGAAACCGAUUGAUCCAGAGGAGUUUGGUGAAGACAACAACCUCGUGGGAUGGGCUAAACAGCUCUACAGGGAGAAGAGAGGAGCUGAGAUUCUUGAUCCGGACUUGAUAACAGAGAAAUCUGGCGAUGUUGAACUAUUUCAUUACUUGAAAAUCGCCUUUCAGUGUCUGGACGAUCGACCGUUCAAAAGGCCAACUAUGAUUCAAGUAAUGGCAAUGUUCAAAGAGCUUGUUCAGGUAGAUACAGAGAACGAUAGUCUCGAUGAGUUUUCUCUCAAGGAAACACCUUUGGUAGAAGAAGCACGAGAUAAAGAACCUUAAUAAGAUGAGAGAUUGCCCAUUCCAGGGAAAUUGUGAAGGUUGAAAAUUUGUAUUUUUCUUCCCAAUUUUGUUGUCGGUGACUCAGUGUAUAUAAAAGUACAACAACUA